AGCAAGCAUGACUGAGAAAACAUUUGUAGAAGAAAUAGAGAAAGCGCUAGAAAAAUCCAAAGGCCUAAAUCUUAAGGAGCUUCUGUUUUGCUACCAGGGGACCUUCUAUCCUACUACAGUAUGCAGUGCAGAAACAUUCCAAGCCCUGGAGAAUUUUGAAGCCAGAAAAGAUGACUUGGUGUUGGUGUCUUAUCCCAAAUGUGGUAUUAAUUGGUUGAUUCAAAUUGUGAAUGACCUGAUUGUCACAACUUUGCAGACUAAGAAUGAGAAUGCAGAACUGCCUUUCAUUGAAUGUGGAGAUCCUGAAAAGUUUCAGAGGAUGAAACAAUUCCCAUCUCCAAGGAUUGUGGCCACACACCUCAAUUACAACCAUCUUCCUAAGUCCAUCAUCAAAAAUAAAGUCAAGAUGCUGGUGCUGUUUCGAAAUCCUAAAGAUACAGCUGCAUCAUUUUUCCAUUUUCACAACAAUGCUCCAAGUGUUCCAAGCUACAACUCUUGGGAGGAAUUCUUUUCAGAAUUUAUGAAUGGGAAUGUUGCCUGGGGAUCCUAUUUUGACCAUGCAGUUGCCUGGAACAAACACAUAGAUGAAGAAAAUGUUUUGCUGCUGACAUAUGAAGAUUUAAAAGAGGACUUGCUUGCUGGAGUGAAACAGAUUGCUGAGUUUUUUGGUUUUGCUCCCACUGCGGAGCAAAGUCAAUCAAUUGUGGACAGAGCUUCCUUCCAAAUGGUGAGGGAGAGAUCAAAGGAGACGCAUGGUGCAGCUGGUCCACUUCUCUUCCGGAAAGGUGUAGUAGGUGACUGGAAGAACCUUUUCAGUGAAACACAAAACCAGAAAAUGGAUGUGAAAUUUAAGGAGUGUUUAGCAGGAACAAAGCUGGAAGCAAAACUGAAGUAUGAUGUGUACUGCAAAGCCUGAAUGUGUGAACAGUUUAAUUUUAAUUAACAUUUCCUUUCAUACACACAAGAAAUACCAAAAUCAGAACACCCAUUUCUCUGUGACAAUUUUCAGAGAUUGUAAUGCUUUUUAGUGUCAGAUUUCUAGGAUGCAUUUUUCUUAAGCUGGGCCCUAUCAAGAUAUUCAGUAGUGUUGGAUAGCCUGUAUUUUCCAGGCAGGCUAGGAAGGUCUCCAUCAUGAUGUUUAUAAGGAACAAAAGAAGGUGGCAUGGGGGUAGGAGGGCCAGGUGGAGAUCUUGCCUGCCUCUUUAAGAAAUGGCAAGAGCGGAUGCAGCUGUGGUGCUACUUCUAUUGUUUUUCAGAGACUUCUUUCACCCAUUUUUCACCUCCACUUGCUGUGGGACAAAACCAGAUUUCUAUUUGCUACUGUGAUGGAGGAAGGUGAGGGAAAGGACCUGUGAAGGAGUGGGGCAGGAAAUGCAGUGCUUGCUUCCUGUUCUGUUGCCUACAACUUUUAAUGGGACAGGUAAGAUCUCUGAGCUGACACCUGACAAUUAUAGACCAUUUGAGAACCCUUUCCUUGCCUUUAUGAAAUAUUGAGGUUAUCACAGAGAAUGUGGCCUAAACAUGUCUCUUGAUGAUGUGGAAAUGUCUCACCUUUAUUUGGCCAGCCAUAUCAAAUGCACAGUGUAAAGCUCUGUAAACCAAACGUGGUGGAUGGUGGGUGGGGGUAUAUUUCACGUUUACAUUUUCUGUAUUUUAGGGUUUAUUUAUAAUCCUCAUGAAGCAAUUUGGAUUCAUAUCAUAGUUUUUCCUGUGUAGAUAGGAUAACAGCUCAGUCAGGAAAGUGAACCAUGACAAUGGUGUGGAAUCCUGUUAUUUUCACAGUAAGUAGCAUUAGGCUUCUGGACAGGAUAGGAUAGAAGCUGUGUAUGUUGUUGUUACUCAACACUGAAUUACAAUGAGAUCUAUUUAGCACAUCAAGAUGAAUUUUCGAGAGCUUUCUGAAAGAAAAUCUAUAGACUUCUGUUACUGCUUCUGGUGUUUAUUAUAUUA